GCCUCGGCCUCCUAAAGUACUGGGAUUACAGGCAUGAGCCACCGUGCCUGGGCAGGUUUUCUCAUUUCGAAUUUGGUCAGUACCUUCCUCUCAGAGGUGAUUAAAAUGGAUUCAUAUACCAAACAAGACUGGCUCACAGUGGAACUAAUGAGUCUUUUCAGUGAAGGUGCCCUUGUAUCCCUGCUUCUGAACACAUCUCAUCUGUCCAGCACAGCCUGGGCAGUUACCCUGGAACCCCUGCUGAUUGACUGGUGAUGUAGCUUCUGUCUCCCUAAGGCCAGGGAAUGGGAAGACAGCACUGCCACAUGGAGAAGACUGGGGAGUCACUGCCUGUGUCUGUCUGGAGAUAUCAUGGUUUACUGUGGUAAUAGCAAUCCUCAGGUCUCAGAGGCUUAAAGCAACAGAUGUAUAUCUUGUUCAUGCUGUAUAUCCAUCACUUAUUGCUUUAUGUUGUCCGCACUGGGGGACCCAUAGUGAUUAGUGGGAACAUCCCUGUUGCUUGGACAGAGGGACAGAGCAUGAUGAUCUCUGUUUCCUGCCACUGAGGCCUGGUGGCCUUUAAAAUGCCUAUGGGGAGGGAAUUAGGCUCCUGCUGCCUGUUUCUGUCCUGCCUUGUCAGUCCUUGGACAUCUUGCGUGGUCCAUCCCCUACCUGGAUGUGGCCUGUAGGGACAGCCACCUUUCCUAGAAGCAAGAGCAGGUAGCGAUACCCCUGGUAGGGGUGUGGAAAGGAGUGGUGGUGAGGUGACUGAAGGUAGACUCCCACUGGGGACGGGAUUGAGUGUGGGGCUAGAUCCCUGGCUUGUAGAAAGGAGUAGGAACCCUCUGUGAGUUACAUUUUCCCCCUCAGCCCACCUUAACAGGAUUUUAAAGAGCCAGCCGCACUGUGACUCUUGCGUUUGUGCCUGGUCACUUGCUUGGUCUCUGGUGACUUCCCUUGGGGCCAGCAGACACCGGUGGAGGUGAUGAGGCCUCGGGUUCUUUCGCCUCAUGGUUAACUAACUCUCCUUAGGCAUAUUUCCACCUUUUCCAGGGCCUCUGUUUCUUUGCCAGUGGAGUGAGAGGUGGUGGUGUCUCCAGCAGUGGUCCCACUCUUGGUGGGCCAUCAGAGUACCCAGGGAGCUACAUAGAAUGAAGUUUUGAGAGUCUUUGGUCUAGGAGGAUGCCAGCGUUUCAGUUUGCUUAUCUUCCCUUGUAGCAAUAUCAGGCAGGUUAUUCAUAGUAUCUCCCCAUUCAUUUUCUCCCUUAACUGCAGAUGCUUUCAGUUUAGACAGAGCAUGUGGCCAUGUUGGUCGAGCACAGGCCCUGGCAGGGGGGCAGCAUCUAGUGCCUCUGCCAAUGAAAUGCGAAGAUGUGAAGAUGAAUAACACUGUCCAGCUUGCAGAGUGGACGCUGAUUCUGCUUCUCAGAAGAUGCACUAUUAUAGAUACUCUAACGCCAAGGUCAGCUGCUGGUACAAGUACCUCCUUUUCAGCUACAACAUCAUCUUCUGGUUGGCUGGAGUUGUCUUCCUUGGAGUUGGGCUGUGGGCAUGGAGCGAAAAGGGUGUGCUGUCCGACCUCACCAAAGUGACCCGGAUGCAUGGAAUCGACCCCGUGGUGCUGGUCCUGAUGGUGGGCGUGGUGAUGUUCACCCUGGGGUUUGCCGGCUGCGUGGGGGCUCUGCGGGAGAAUAUCUGCCUGCUCAACUUUUUCUGUGGCACCAUCGUGCUCAUCUUCUUCCUGGAGCUGGCUGUGGCCGUUCUGGCCUUCCUGUUCCAGGACUGGGUGAGGGACCGGUUCCGGGAGUUCUUCGAGAGCAACAUCAAGUCCUACCGGGACGACAUCGACCUGCAGAACCUCAUCGACUCCCUUCAGAAAGCGAACCAGUGCUGUGGUGCGUAUGGCCCUGAAGACUGGGACCUUAACGUCUACUUCAACUGCAGUGGCGCCAGCUACAGCCGAGAGAAGUGUGGGGUCCCCUUCUCCUGCUGCGUCCCGGAUCCUGCGCAAAAAGUUGUGAACACACAGUGUGGAUAUGAUGUUAGGAUUCAGCUGAAGAGCAAGUGGGACGAGUCCAUCUUCACGAAGGGCUGCAUCCAGGCGCUGGAGAGCUGGCUCCCGAGGAACAUUUACAUUGUGGCCGGCAUCUUCAUUGCCAUCUCGCUGCUGCAGAUAUUUGGCAUCUUCUUGGCGAGGACCCUGAUAUCAGACAUCGAGGCGGUGAAGGCCGGCCAUCACUUCUGAAGAGUUGAGGGAGCCGAGCUGAGCCACGCUGGGAGGCCAGAGCCUUUCUUUGCCGUCAGCCCUACGUCCAGAGGGAGAGGAGCCGACACCCCUGGAGCCAGCACUCCAUCUUCAGCAUCAGCGUGAUAUGACCUCUCUGUUUCUCCUUGCUGGUGCUGAAGACCAAGGGGUCCCCUUGUUACCUGCCCAAACUUGUGAUUGCAUCCCUGCUGGGGUCUUCCCAGAGACAGAAUGUGUCUUUAUGUGGGAGUGGUGACUCUGAAGGACAGAGAAGGCUCCUGUGACUCAGAAGGACAGAGAAGGCUGCCAGGAGGGCUUGACUCAGUCCCCCUGCAGCUCUGCAGGACGUCUGCAGGACACCCUGGCCCCCUCUCCACUGGCGUCCAGACAUCUGCUUUGGGUCAUCCACAUCUGUGGGUGGGCCGUGGGUAGAGGGACCUGAAGACGUGGACAGGGCAUUUCUUUCCAUCAAGCCAAGCAGCACGGGGACCUGCCUGUAACUGGGGAGGCAGACGGGGCCCCGCUGGGCCUCUGAGUGCCAUUGUGGUCUGCGGGGGCAUGCACACAUCAGGGGUUGUUUGCAGGAUCCUCAGCCAUGUUCAAGUGAAGUAAGCCUGAGCCAGUGCGUGGACUGGUGCCACGGGAGUGCCUUGUCCACUGCCCCGCCAUGUCUGCCAGCUGUUCUCCUGGUGCCAGAACUGCCUCUGGUCUUGACAGCAUUAAGCCCUGGUGGCGAUGGUGGGGCGGUGGACAUGGUUCUUCACUGAGAGCCGGCUCUCCUUUUCUUAAAGUGUGUAAAUAGUUUAUUUAUAGGGGUAAGAAUGUUCUCACACCAUUUCACUUCCUCUUCCUCUCCUCCAGCAUUCUUCUUUGAGCAGCCUUACAUGGUGUCCACGGCUGGAGCCGACCCUUUGAGUCCCCUUGAAUGUCUUAAGAACCAGCCCGUAACAGCCUCUCCUUCCCUUCCAUAUACUACAGCCUCCCUCCAUGGAUCCCACACACAAGCACUCGCCCACUCGCCCACUCCCCAGCGUGGCCUCACUGUCUUCUGUCCUUGGUGCUACUGAAAUUGUCAGCCAGAACUUGAAUCCUGACCCUCCCCACUGCAAGCCUGGGGAGCCUUAGCCCAAGGUGGCCAGCCCGAAACUGUUGGCCAGGACUUCUCUUUCGGCUGUGUACCCAGGACUGGCCAGCCUGCCAUUUGUCUCUCUCUGGACAGCCGUUCUGCAGCCAGGCCCAGGGUCAAGCCAUGACCCCAGGCUGCAGCUGCUCAGAAGCUCUGGCGUUUUGUUUCUGACUUAAGUGGUGACCGCCCCCCACCCCCCACCAUAGGAUAUCAGUGGUGAGUGGUCCACCCUUCCUGUCAGGGCUGUUCUGGGGCUUGCUCUUGGAAAUGAAGUCUUCUUAAAUACUGAGUAAUACCCCUGGGGAUAGCUGGGACAUUUGUCCAGCUGGGCUGCUUUCUAAUGCUUUGCCAUAGCUCAUACCACUUGUCUCAUCGUUCAGGGAUUGAGUGCAACCUUCAGUUACUUGCUGGAGUGUACAUUCUAGUGUGGUGUAUACCAGUGGCUGUUGAUGAUGAUGUCGUCAUCUUUUUUUCCUUUCUCUUUUCUUUCUUUUCUUUUUUUUUUUUUUUUUUACAAUUUUCUGUAGACUAGGAGAAGAAGAAUGCUUGUGUUUUUAGGAAGUGUGAUGCUUCUCUUUGACUGCCAAACUCUUUUAUGGAAUAUAUCUUUAUAUUAAUGCUGUUGUUUUGGUCGUUUUUGUUUGGGGUCACUAUCAAGAUGCUGCUAUGCAUCUCAGUGGUGAACGCAGCUGCCAGAGGAACCAAGGGAGAGGGUAUGUAGACUUUACCGAAGGGUGGAUAGUAAAGGCGGUUCGUCGAUAGCACAACCUGGCAUACAUUUUAUUGAGUGAUUUUUUUUUUAAGAUUCUGUACGGCGGCACUUUCAUUAUCCCUUGUGUGCAGGCUGCAGCCAGCACACUUGGCUUGUGGUCUAUCCCCAGCUGUGUGUGCUGGAGAAACUUCAACUCCAUAGGUCUAGAAGAAACAUUAUUUUAGGCUAUUUCUGUCCACCCUGGGUGAUACUAUUUAUUGAUCCAAGCAAAAGAGCUUGGGGAUGCCGAGUCAAAUUGCGAUGCAGAGUUGAAGUCUGUGCACUGCCACUGCAUGAGCUGUGUGUGUCCUGGGCAUGCUGGCCUGUCUGUGAAGGGGGUUGGUGACGGUGCCCGCUUCACUACGUGCCUCUGGCCCAGCCUCCCAUGGGGAAGUGGGUGGCCGCAGACCCUGCCUGCUAGUGUGUUGGCGCUAAAACCUCCUGGAAGGCUCCUGCAGGCCUGAUCCUUCUAUUUCUGUAGACCCAGUUCAGGAUGAAGUCUAAGUGUGACUUCUGCAGAGUUGGGUUUGUCUUUUGCCAUUUUCGGCCAUGUCAUGUGACUCUGAAUAAUUGGAUGAGGAAUGGAAGGAAAGCAAGGAUGAGAGCCGGGCAUGUGGCAGUCUCCACCCAGGAUGGGCUGUCUGCACAGAGGCACAGGGCAGGCCUCCUGUGCACUCCCCACCCAGCACUGGCCUGCCCUGAAUCCCCACCUUCCCUGGUUGGAGGUCUGCUGUGGCAUCUGCACCCUGUCCUCACCCCACCAUGCACAUACUCACUUUAAAGUCUUGGGGUCCUUCCUGUACCCCCUCCCCGAUCCCGGUCCACCCCCUUUCAGGAUCUUGCCAUGUUAUUUUUCCCGUCCCCUAUCCCUGUCACUAGCCUGCCUUUCCCCAUCCUAAAAACUUGGCUGUGGCCCUGUGGCUGCCUCCCUUUCUUUCCCAGGCAGCUUCUUAUCUGGGUUGCUUGUACCCCUCCUUUCCACCACCCACCACACUGCAUGUAGCUGAAAGCUGCCUAUCCCAGCUGUCAACCCAGACCUUCCUUUGGCCUCUGUAGCACCGGACACCGCACCUCCUGAAAGUCCUCUGCUUCAGAGGCCCUGGCUUGCCAGUUCUCUGACCUCUCUCAUCUGUCUGCUCAGGACUCCACUGCAGCUGUCCUUACUGGCCUCCAGGGAAUCCCACUUCCCACAGGACAGGGCUGUGGGCUGGGCAGAAAAACCCAUCUGCACGGUCCACAAGAAACCUGGCACUCAGUUUCUCCAUGAAUAUCAAUGAAAACUGAUGGAUACAGAACCUUCCUGGAACAUAGAAUUUCUCCAGGAGAUACCCAGAGGCCACUGGGGAGGUGACAGGCACGCAUGUGAGUGUAGAUGGCUGCAAUGUUGGUCCCAGCAGCAGAGAGGGUCUCAGUCUCAACAGGGAGCCCACCUGAUGGUUUCUCAGCCAGCAGUCUCAGAGGAAUAUAGACUGCAGAGAAAGGAGAGAAGUAGCAGUGGUCUUGGCACCUAAGGCAUCCUGCUGUCAUGGGAAGGUCUCUGCCCAGGUAUCAGGUGCAUCAGCCUGUCGCCCACUGGUUCAAAGCUUUCAGCUGUGCUGGGUGAGGGUGGGUGGUAGAGUGCUGAAUGACCUUCAUGGGUGGGCAUUUCCAGCUCUAUGGUCAACGGGGUGUCUGUCCACAAAAUCACAGGGUUUUUAGGUUGUGUGUUUGGGGCUAUGGGAACCUGUCCCCCAUGAUGGAUCUUGGUAGGGACACCUCCCUGUGCUUGUGUCUGUCGUGCCCGGGAGGAUGCUGCCCGGCCUUCCAGGGCAGGUGACCAUCUGCAGCCGUGUCCUCAUUCAUCUAGAUGCCUUCCAGAAAUCUGGGGAGCCAUACACCUUUAGAGCCUUUUUAGCUCCUUAUCAAGUUGGCAAGGCUUGGCCAUUCAUGUUCAAGGCUGCAUUAAAGGCACGUUCAUUCUCAAAUGUUUUUGGCGUCUCCAGGGUGCCUCAGGAAAACGUGAAGUGGGCAUUGUAGAACUUGGGACUACUGUGUAACCUUGGAAGAAGAAGUUAAGGGUACAUAAGUGGAUACUGUUUUGAUGAAAUUGCCAACUUCAGUGAGCCCAGUUUUGGGAAGGAGGACAUGAGUAUUCCUUACAAGGGUCUGAAACAAUUUUUUCUUCACUCAGCUUUCUUUUUGUGUGCUGCAUCUUAUAUUCCAUCAGGGGCUUCCAAUGCAUGGUAGUAACUGUCAGAACUGGCCGGGCGCAAGUGGCUCACACCUGUAAUCCCAGCACUUCGGAGGCCAAGGCAGGCGGAUCACUUGAGGCCAGGAAUUCAAGACCAGCCCAGCCAACAUGGUGAUACCCCAGCUCUACUAAAAAUACAAAAAUUAGCUGGGCAUGAUAAUGCAUGCUUGUUGUCCCAGCUGCUUGGGAGGCUGAGGCAGGAGAAUCACUUGAACCUGGGAGGCGGAGGUUGCAGUGAGCCAAGAUCAAGCCACUGCACUCCAGCCUGGGUGACAGAGGACACUCCAACUUAAAAAAUAAAAUUAAAAAAAACUACCAGAAUAAAUUAUCACCUUGGACCAUAAUUUUGUCACCUCAAACAACUUUUAAACUAGUCUUUUAAAAAAGUAUACUUAAAUAAAAAUCUAAACAUAGAAUGUAAAA